UUGCCAAACACAAACUCUUUAUAAGAUAUACACUUCAUAGAUCUCACUCACAUAACCAAAACCUAAAAAGAAAAAAAAUGGGUAGAUCCAACGAGCAAGAUCUACUCUCUACCGAGAUUGUCAACCGCGGGAUCGAACCAUCUGGUCCUAACGCUGGCUCACCAACGUUCUCGGUUAGGGUUCGAAGACGUCUUCCUGAUUUUCUCCAGUCUGUGAACUUGAAGUACGUGAAACUUGGUUACCACUACCUCAUCAACCAUGCGGUUUAUUUGGCGACCAUACCUGUUCUUGUCCUUGUGUUUAGUGCUGAGGUUGGUAGUUUAAGCCGUGAUGAGAUUUGGAAGAAGCUUUUGGACUAUGAUCUUGCAACUGUCAUAGGUUUCUUUUGUGUCUUUGUCUUAACCGCUUGUGUCUACUUCAUGUCUCGUCCUCGCUCUGUUUACCUCAUUGACUUCGCUUGUUACAAACCUUCCGAUGAACUCAAGGUGACAAAAGAAGAGUUCAUAGAGCUAGCAAGAAAAUCAGGAAAGUUCGAUGAAGAGACACUUGGUUUCAAGAAGAGGAUCUUACAAGCCUCAGGGAUAGGUGACGAAACGUACGUUCCAAGAUCCAUCUCUUCAUCAGAGAACAUAACAACGAUGAAAGAAGGACGUGAAGAAGCUUCUACAGUGAUCUUUGGAGCACUAGACGAGCUCUUUGAGAAGACACGUGUCAAACCUAAAGAUGUAGGUGUCCUUGUGGUUAACUGUAGUAUCUUUAACCCUACACCAUCAUUGUCUGCAAUGGUGAUUAACCAUUACAAGAUGAGAGGGAACAUACUUAGUUACAACCUUGGUGGGAUGGGAUGUUCUGCUGGGAUCAUAGGUCUUGAUCUUGCUCGUGACAUGCUUCAGUCUAACCCUAAUAGUUAUGCUGUUGUUGUGAGUACUGAGAUGGUUGGUUAUAAUUGGUACGUUGGUCAUGACAAGUCCAUGGUUAUACCUAAUUGCUUCUUUAGGAUGGGUUGCUCAGCUGUUAUGCUCUCUAAUCGUCGCCGUGACUUUCGCCAUGCUAAGUACCGUCUCGAACACAUUGUUCGGACUCAUAAGGCCGCUGAUGACCGUAGCUUCAGGAGUGUGCACCAAGAAGAAGAUGAACAAGGCUUCAAGGGUUUGAAGAUAAGUAGAGACUUAAUGGAAGUAGGAGGUGAAGCUCUCAAGACAAACAUCACUACCUUAGGUCCUCUUGUUCUCCCUUUCUCCGAGCAGCUUCUCUUCUUUGCAGCUUUGCUUCGUAGAACUUUCUCACCUGCGGCUAAAACCUCCACAACCACUUCCUUCUCAUCUUCCCUCAAUGCCAAAACCAAUGGAACUACUACCAAGUCCUCUUCUUCUGAUCUCUCCAAGCCAUACAUCCCUGACUACAAGCUAGCCUUCGAGCACUUCUGCUUCCACGCAGCAAGCAAAGUAGUACUCGAGGAGCUUCAAAAGAAUCUUGGCUUGAGUGAAGAGAACAUGGAGGCUUCUAGGAUGACACUUCACAGGUUUGGAAACACUUCCAGCAGUGGAAUAUGGUACGAGCUUGCUUACUUGGAAGCCAAGGAAAGUGUUCGAAGAGGAGAUAGGGUUUGGCAAAUUGCAUUUGGAUCAGGUUUUAAGUGUAACAGUGUGGUGUGGAAAGCAAUGAGGAAAGUGAAGAAACCUACAAGGAACAAUCCUUGGGUUGAUUGCAUCAACCGUUACCCUGUGCCUCUCUAAAGAUUGUUUCUAAAGUAAAAAAUCAUGUAAGAUCUCUAGUUACUCCAACCAAAUGAUGCAUGAGACAGUUUUGGUUUGGAUGAUAGGAGUUGUUUUACUGAUUCAUUCGUAUCUAAGUCUUGCUGUAAGAAUGGAUUUGGUUAGAGAGACCUCUUCAGCUUCAACUUUGUUUUUAUCAUUUGUUUGUUCUAUUCGACCCUUCAUAAACUUUGAGAGAUCAAAACAAAACUUUUCUUUCUUUGGAUAGAACAGUUAUUUUUUGUAA